UAUCAAAUAGUAGCUCAUGCAUACACGCAUUCACAGAAUGACUGCAGUAACUGGAAGAAAAGUUUUGAACAAUAGUUCUUGGCAAAAGUUAGUGAUCCACGGAAAGAUGACCAUCUCUGUGAACUGAAGAUGGGGGUGUGUUUCACAGACAUAAAAUGGAAACAGAAACUUAAAUGUUUGGAAUGACAUUUAUGAGGCCCACGUCUGCAGCUUGUGAGUUGAUGCACAUUUGAUGGGAAGUGACUGUGCAAUGUCAACAUGGCAGGAAGUGGUGAUGGGCAGCUUUCACAUAGCCAUCAUUGUAACGUUGGUGCUGUUCCCUACAAAGAAAAGGAUGCGACAAAUUCAGCUAGCAUAUCAAACAGAAAUGCAUAUUCUGCACUCUCCAAAAAGUACCCCAGAAUCUGUCAGUGGAUACCAAAUCCAAAUCCCACUGUCCCCCAGAACAAGCUACGGGUCCUGAAAGGUAAUAGGCCAUCAGAAAAAGAUGCAUGCCAACUGCCAAAGAAUAGAAACUGCCCAGAGCAGAGCAAACCAAGAAUCUACAUUCUUUCAGGAGAUGGCCAUGGGGACAAACAACAUGAAGAAGAAGUGGGCCCUGGUUUAUGUAAGCGCACUUACUUAACAGACAGCAUUCUUAACCUUGAGGAGGGCGAGUACAAUGAGGGCAGGGAAUCCUUAAGUAAAUGCAUCAAACAGGAUAUAUCAAGAAGGGUAACAGAAACAGUCAACUUGGAACAUUCUCCUUUGCUAAAUGGGGAGAAUCCUUCUAAAAAAUGCAAUACAAAGAGCUGGAGUCCUCCAAAAGGAUUCUGGAAAGUACUUGGAAUGGAAAAUAUAAAAUCAGUUGUUAGUGCAGAGAAAUUUGAGGAUGAGAUUCUCCCAGAGGAAACUUGGAAUAUUAACGAAUUAGAGAUUUCCAACGUUCACUGCAGAUAUAACUCUGAACAAAAGAGCGUAUUAGAGAACUUUUCAAAAGUCGAUGGUUUAGGCGGUUCUGUACUCAAGAGAGGAGAGCGGACUGUGGAAAAUACACACAAGCUUGGUCAUCUGGGGGGCCUUUGGAGAACGGACAGUUGGGAGAGUGUCAGCAGUAAUGCCAGCUUGUUGUCUCUGACAGAAAGAGUAGAACAUAAUCGUACCAAUCUGAAACGAAUGCUAACAUCUUUGCAUCCCAAGCGUGGACCUGGAAUUGGUAUUGAAAACCUACCUCAAGAGAGCCUAGCACCAUCCAGCUACCAAUUUUCAUCUACCCCUCUGGACGAUAGGUUCCCUAGGAACAAAUAUAUCAAGCAAGGUUGUGGGAUAAAUGAAAAUGACAGUGACUGGGAUUCAGAGAUUUCACUACAGCAGUCUGAUCGUGGUAUGAGCAGAGGCUUCGUGUUCUCCAAACAGCUUCCACUGAGUCCCAGGCAUGAGCUGGCAAAACAACUGCUGGAGAGAGCUCGGAGGAAGGCCCGAGCUAGUCCACUCAAGGCUGACCACAGUAUUCUGCCAGUAGUGAAGAGUUCUAUGGAAAUUGGCACAAAUGGUGUCUCUUCACCAAAGAAAGGCCUUUUCUCCAGAAAAGGACGUUCAUUGAACACCCAAACCAGCUGCAACAUCAGUGACUCCUCCAGCGCUGAGUCGCAUUGUGGACUACGCAAGAAACUAAGUCAGUCGCCAAGCCAUGUAAGGUUUGAGGAUGAGUCCACCCAGGAGGCUGAAGUCCGUUACCAAUUCCGCAGGAAGUGUGGCCUUGAGUCCUCAGUGCGACCCAUCCCUAGGGGAUUGAUACAAAAGCCUGGGAUUCCAUCCUAUGGGAAUCCAGGGAAGGAGCAUAUGUCGAGAGCUGAAUCAGGGAAUUGCAACAAAUCUUUCAAUAAGAAUGCUGAAAUUACAGAGAGCUGGAGUUGGAAAAGUGCAGCAAAUCCAAUUUCCACUGGAGCAACUGGAGAAAACCAAUUUGGCAAGGCCAGCAGGCCUCAUGUAAAUACAGCAAUGUGCAUUGAUGGGAAGUGUAGCUGUUGUGGCUCUUACAUCAUUUCAGGUACCAAAGCCAUCUGCCUUGACCCUCCUUCUUAUGAAUUUCCAGAUGUUAGUGUACUUAAGCAAUGCAGUGAGCCUCAAAGACCCAGUUAUCACGAGCUCCCUAUAUCUAGUGCAAUGGAGGUGGAAACUAACCUUGGUACGGAGGCUCCAGAUGUUGGAGUGUUUCCUCCCAGAAUUGUACCUUGCUGGGUUCUCCCUUCACAACACAGAAUCAGAAUUGAACCAAUAAAGGAAACUUAUAUAGGGGAGAUCACUUCCAUUGAUGAUGUGUCAGUAACUGAAGAAAAUGCUACCGACACUGCUUUCCAAGAAAUGAAAGAAUUCAGAGAGCCUAAGAUUGUAACAUACUGCUGUGCCAUAAUAUCAGGGAGCAAUGAUAGCUCAAUUAGAAAUAAUGUUGAACUGAAUGCCAAAGGCAUAAGGAAGUCAACUAGAUGCACUGGGGAGAACAGUGUUGAAAAAGAACCAGUAAGCAUAGUGGCUGAUUGCAAUUUAAAGUCAAGAAGAAAACCCAUCAAGAGACAAGAGGAUGGUCUCCAAUCUGUCCACUGCCAAAUAAGCAGCAUUCAAGAGUUAAGAGACUGUGCUGAGUCUGACCCAAUGGCCAGCGUGUUGAUGUCAAAGCACAGUCACAUAUCAAGGCUACCCACAGAACAAGUUGUGGAGGUUACUCCCUUUUCAGCACAGCUAGAUACUUCAUUGUGUCCAUUCAUGAAGUCAGUUCAAAGUUCUAAGCACAACACAGAGAACUCCACCUUACACUGUUCGUCACUACCCCAACAAAAGGACACAAGCUCUCUCAGAAAUCGCCAAGUCAAGGAAAUUCCUGCUUUUUCUCAUGCUCAUAGCAGAUCCAGGAUGCCCAAUUCCCACUCAAUGAAUAUAUUAUAUCUCACACAAUUUGAAGAAAACACUUCUGAUCAAGAUUCUCUUCCCAAGAGGCCAAUGAUCAACAAAGUCAAUGUGACAAUCCAGUCCAACUCCCAACAAAACCAACUGCCACCAACGCAGAAGAACAAUCCGUUAAUACAACUGGAUACGUGUACUUCUCAGUACAGGCUCAUUCAUUUAAAUCCAGAGGAGAAUAAUGGACGACCAUCUGAUUCUCAGGUCGUUCCAGAAACGCUUUUGCUUCAACCUCAACACAGUCCUACUGAUCCUGAUCAAAAUUUGCCAAAUAACCACACUGAUGUCAGGCCAAUCCCUUCAGCUAACCCCUCAUUGAAUUCUGCUAUUCGGAUGCCAAGGAAUAACAAUGGUGACUAUCAAAGUUCAGAAGGUUACCGAUCAGAAGUUUGGAAAAACUCAGAAAUAUCUGAACAGGUAACUGACAUGAAUGAUGGAUUGUUGACCUCUGAACAUAAGACAGCCAUCAAACACUCCAAAAAUCAGAAUUGCCUUAUUGAUCCUAAUCGGGCAACUGUCUCCUCAUCCAAACAGAAAACUGAAAAACAGAAGGACAGAACAGAAAGUCAGCCUGCGGCAGUGAGAAUACAACCUCAAGACUCUACUUCCAGUUGGGAGUCACUGACAUCUUUGCCAACUUUGCUCCAGGAAGAAGACAGCGGUUUGCCUAAGCUUCCUCAGCCAGCAACCAGGGAUGGUGAGCCACUGUUGCCAGUGAUUGGGACAGCAGACUGCAGAGAUAGACCCAUUCACCAUCCAGACAGUAAACCUUCAGAUGACAAUCAGCUGCCACUCACCUCCAAGGACAAUGCUAGAACUCAGCACUUUACUGACAGUCAACACAAGCAUCGAUCCUUUAUGAAGGCUUUCUUUACAACAAUUAGACACAACACGGUCAGUAAAUUGAACCGGCUCCGAUCAUCCAGUAUGGAGCAGAUUAACUGCCAAUCUACAGGGGACAUGUCUGGGGACCUGAGGUGUGAGAAGACCAGCGGACAUGGCUUGAGGAAGACUCCUUCUCUGCAAUCACUGCGACUGGUGUCCCCAUUGGCCCAGUUGAGGAAAGCAUCAUCCAUACAAUCGCUUCACUCCCAAAGUAAGAAGAAGCGUUGCAGCUCCUACCUGGUAGGAGAGAUGAUGGAGACUGGCUUAGGAAGCAGUGAACAAAAGACAUCUGGCUGUAGACUAUUAACACCGCUCAGUGUGGAAGAUAUAGGAUCGCCCAAUCACCCAAGGUUUAUUGGACAGGUAAUGGAGACAUUUGCUGAUGGCAGCCUCCUGCUUCAACUGUACAAACCAGCUCAUGGACCUUUUGGGUUUUUCAUCUCUAGAUCUCGUGGUGGUAUAUUUAUUCACCAAAUGGCAGACAAGAAUGCCGAGAAAUUGUACUCUGGAUUGCUGGAACCAGGGGAUGAAGUUCUGGAAGUCAAUGGAGAACGUGUGGAAGGUCUCAGUUUCAAUGAAGUGAACAGUCUGAUGUUACAAGACAACACAGUGUCAAUUAGGGUCAGAAGGCAUAAUGUUAGCACAUGACGAGGAAUAUCGAUAGGAACAGUCACUGGCUCGUGGUUUAGAUGUGCAAUCAAAGUACUUUCAGUAUAUUCCAAAGUUAAAAAGGUCUCUGGAUCAAAGUGACCAUUGUAUGUGGAUUAGUUGUCAUAUCCAAGGCAUGUGUAUAAGGCUACAAGAGCCACUUGGCUGGGUGUCUUUAUCAAAGGAUGGAAUCCUGAUUGGUAUCAAGAUUGAACAUCAUUGCUACAUACAACUUUGAUAAACAUUCUCCAUUUAUUGCUCAAUAGCAAUAGUGCGGAGUAGUAAAACCUCCGUUCCUGCAGAUAACUGAGAGAAUGCUCUCCUUGACAUCGAAACUACAAAACUAAUUGAGUCUUUACAGCCAGACUAAAGUACAGUCUCUAUUCUGUCAACCGGAGGCACUGAGUUACUGACAAACGAACUGUGCCAUUCUUUUGUAAAUGUUAGAAUAUAUUCUUUAUGCACACCACACGUUUAAUACCAGCAACAGCUAUAAUUCAAACAAUUGCCAUGUUCCCUAUACAAUACUGUUUAGGAAUACAAAAUUGCUCACAAAAUGAAAUAGCUAAUAUUUAACAGCAUUGGUGACAGACACUUAUUUAAAGACAAAAACAGAAAGAUUACAUUUAUAUAGUCCCUUCCACAACUUCAGGACCAUCCAUCCUCCAUGCCAGUCUUUUCCCCUCAUUCCCCUGAAAAUAUUUUCCUCUGAAAACGAGCUCAGGAAUCCUAAGAGCGAAAACAUUGCUUAUUUGGAAUCAGAAGUGAAACCAUUCUGAAAUGAAAGCUAUGACUGAUAUUUCAGUACGUGCAUGAUGUAGAGAUGGCUACAGGUACUUCAAUAUCCAAGAUAGUCAAUUAUACAAAACUGAGAAGCUGGGAAGAAGUAGAGUGGGAGGAGAAAAUGAUGGCAGGUGCAGGGCAAUGUGGGGAAAUGUGAACUAAAUGAUAUUGUUGCGCAAAACAAGGAAUUUGAUAAGCAUGGUGAGUGGCCUUCCAAUGAAUGUCUUUUAAAAACCAACAUGAAUUGGAAGCAGGAAUAAGCCUGUCAAGCUUGAUCCAUUAAUGAUCAAGAUCACAGCUGAUCUGCUUGUAAUAUCAACUCCACGUCUCUUUCAAGCUGAAAUAACCUUUCAUUCCUGACUAAUCAAGGAUCUAACUACCUCUCGAAGACUCUACUUUCACCACCUUUUGAUGAAGAGAGCUCCUCUUCAUAACUUACCCCCUUUAAGCCAUCAAUGAAUUGGGACCACUUCGCACUGCCUGGAAAUUCUGUGGAAAUCUUUAAACUUAUGAACAGCUAUGACAGAGCAUAUUCAAGAUGGUGUUUUCAUUUUUGCGUAGCCAUGAAAAAACAUUUUUAACAAGAAAUAAAAUAUAGAAUCAGAAAAACUGGAAGGGAAAGAGAAUAUGGAAUUCAAUGCACCGGGAGUACAUACUAUAUAAAAAAGAUCAGAUCAGCUCGUGUGGAAAAAGGAAAUAAAGAAUUUUGCUGAUAGAAGUUAGAAGACAAUUCAAUUUAUUUCUGAACAGUAUCACAAUGGGUGGGCUGAUUGGCCUGUAUCUAUGAAAUAAAAAGGAACUGCAGACGCUGGUUUAUACCAAAGAUACACA